UUCUCUAUAAAUAGAGAAAGCUUAAGCUUACUUGUUCAUCACUAGUACUACUCACCAAGUAUACAAUGGCUUCAAAAACUAUUCUUCUUCUGGCUCUUACCUUUGCUAUUGUUCUUCUCAUUUCCUCCUCCGAGGUCAUGGCGGAAAUUGUUCAAGCUCAGGAGAAUUCUGAAUUAGAUGGACGCGGCGGAUAUGGAAGGGGCGGAUAUGGAAAAGGCGGAUAUGGCAAAGGCGGAAAAGGCGGAUAUGGAAGGGGUGGAUACGGAAAGGGCGGAAAAGGUGGAUACGGAAAGGGCAAAGGAGGUCGCAAAGGAAGGCCUGGUCACGGUGGUCACCCAGAAGCUGAAGUCGAAGACAUUUCAAUUGACCCUUAAGUUUUUAUUUGGGUGUACUAUAGCUAGCUAAGUUAUAGUUUGCAUGUAUUAAACUUAAAUAAAGAGCACGUAAAACAUGUAAAUUGUAAUCUUAAUUAUGUUUGUAAUGUUACUAAUGGUGUUAGAGAUGUGAUCUACAUGUCUCCAUCAUAUAUAUCUUUAAAAAAAAAUAUUGUAUGUUGUCACUUUGUUUGAGUAUAUAAAUAUCCUUUUUGCUACUUCAA